CGACAUCAACCACCGCACCGGUUCUAAAGAAAAAGAGAAGAAAGGACCAGCCGUGCCCUACAGACAGCCGUAGCGGUGUCGCCGCCGACGGGUCGAUCCCCGGCCCCCGCCUCGCACGCGCGUCGCCGCCACGGCCGUUCCCGUGCUUCCUCGUCGGGACACCGCGGUAUCUACCCCGUCGGCUGUCUCUGCCCAUUUGGGCUUUGAGGAAUGGCCGCUUUUAGCAAAAGCUUCCGGUCUUCAAGCAAAUCGGACUGUGAAAAUAAAUACCAGGGUACAUUGGUUGCUUCUCCAGCAAAAGCCAUUUCACCCAAGACGAUAAAGCAGAUUGUGCCGAAACAGUUAAUCUUAAGCAGGGAGUCAACAGGUCAUGUGGCAUCGUUUUUGGUAAAGGUUCUUGCUCUUGAGGUAGUGAGGAGAAUUUCUAAAGCAAGAUGUCCUUUCAUAUGGAAUUCUAUUCAAGCACUGCAAGUUCUCAGCUAUCCUCCAUUUAGCUGGAUCCAACGAUGGGCACCACUCAAAUUUGUCGUCCAAGGCAUUCAGAAAUUAUCCAUGCCACUGCUAUUUCUAUCUGUCACAUCAACAAUAGGUGAUCUGUCAUCUAAGCGUGAUGAUGAACCUAGAAGCGAUGCAGAAAGUGCUGAAAUUCCCGUUGAAUCACAUGAAAUCGCAUCAACUUCUGAUAGGGAUGCUGCUGAUGGUGAUGGGACAAACGAUAUUGUUUCUGAGAAUUGGCUGCUACAACUUUUCAAGGAGCUUCAAAUACAAGGCAUCACUUUGCCUGAGAGGUUCAGUGAGGAUGAACUACGCAGAUUUCAUAUUGCAGCAAAUGGUGACUUUUCAAGCUUACUCUCUUCAGUUAAGAAGACAAUUCGUUGGAGGGAGACUUUCCACAUACUUACUUUGCAGGAACUUGAGAAUUGGUCCCAUCUGGUCUUUUGGCAUGGGUUUGAUACUAUGCUUCGGCCUUGUUUAGUAAUCCGCCUUGGACUUGCAUGCUCUAGUAUAGCCCCUCGCGAUAGACCUCGUUUUGGGCAAGCAGUAGUUUCUCAAAUUGACCAUGGUAUUAUACAUUUGACCAAUGAAGAAGAUCCAAGAAUUACUGUUUUGCUCGAUUGCCAUGGGAUUUCUCCAUUCAGAUUUCCGAUGCAAAUGAUGAGGUCAUUUGUUACAAUAGUUCAGGAAAACUAUCCAAAUCGUCUUGGGGUGUUGUUUGUUGUUCGUCUUCCUCCAGUUGUCAGAGUUAUUGCUCAGACGUUUCUUCAACUCCUGAAUCCAUCCACAAAGCAGAAGCUGUGUUUCGAGGGCGAGUCGUACAAGAAGACGCUAGCUGAGUUCUUGCAGGUCGUGCCAUCUUUUCUUGGUGGUAAAUGCAGCUGCUCGCGGUGCAAGAAGCAUCACGACGGCCCAGCGAUUCAGGCCGGGGAGGGAAGCAAGAGCCAACCUCGCCAAAUCGGCACCGACUCCGGAUCACCGAUUGGGAGCACGGACUUCGACGAGGCUGAGCUUCCGUCUCCUUACAGCUGCGAGAACGCCAUAAGGGUGGCGAUCGUCGGCAUGCUGAUGCUGUGGAUCUUUAUCGCGUUCCUCGCCGGGAUGAACGACCCCCAGUCCGCUUCUUAAACAACCUGAAGGUAGCACCCGACAGUUUGCAGAGCUGCCUGUCAGUAGCGUAGCCUUAUUAGCGUAUGUUGUUGCUAGCCCGGUGUUGUUUCCAGCGUCAGUUGUUGUUCUUGUUCUGGGUUCCCUCCGCAGAGCCGAUCGUAUAGUGGUGCUCCGGCUGCUAAGGUUUUUAUACAGUAGAGAUGAAUAAAGUCGUGUGUGUUGGGCAAGAUGAUGGCUCGCAGUGUGAUCGAGGGGCCCUGUUUGUGCUGUUAGUAUAUACGGAGUAUACUUCACCGGUUUUAGUGGCUGUUGUUUCGAAAUGUAUAAUCUUAAUAGUCCUUUACAGUGGACCUGCGGUUUGCCACCCCAUCAA